ACGAGGAUCGCGUUCGACGCCCGGCGUCGCGACGCCCGCUAACGUGAAUUGACUUGUGCUCGUGUUACGACAGCGAUAAUUGCCACGUACGAGUAGCGAGGAGUAGAAAUCGAGACUUUCAAUUUCGAGAUAAUUACUAGGAGCAAAAAAGCUCUCAACACCGAUGAUUAACGAAAAUUCGGUGAAUUUCGAAUUUCUAUGCUUUUCAGGUUUCGCUAAUUUAACUCGUCGAUGUCGCGACGUUUUCACGCUUUCGAUUUUCUGUCGUUUCGUAUCGCUUUUGCGAUAGAAUUUGAAAUUUAUACCGACCUGUUUUAUUCGUUUCACGCAUUAGUGAAAGGUUUCAUCAUUUUUUCGAUUUACUUGAGAAUAGUUUUCGGUCCGUUUUUUUUUAACUCGGUUUAACAUAUCGCAAUAAAUCGUAGAUUUAAGCGAUCAGAAAAUUACGAGGAAAAUAAAUAACGGACGGUGUCUGCAAAAUUGAACGGAAUUCAAUUUUCAGUUAAACUUGUAACCCUCGCGAUUCUAAAAUAUAGAAACAAAUUAGCACGUUUCGUCAGCAAAUAAACAUGCAAAUUUUUAUGCAACGCAUGCAAUCUGUGACAAUAAAUUCGUUCUUACGAUCGUUUCUCGAUUUUUCUCACGUGGAAAAAGUGGUGGAGAAAUACAUUUGAACAAAAAUUACCUAAGACGUGAUAAAACAAACAUUUUCGAAUAUUUAUUAAACGUAAAUAUGAUAGAUUAAAAAUACGAACCGAAUAUAUGGAUAAAAGACGAGUGAUUGAAAUUCGAAAUACAGACAAAAGUGAGACAUUGAAAUAAAAAAUUUGAAAAAAAAAACAAAUCUAAAUACGACAAAAGUUUCAAUUCUUGUUUUAAUUCUCAUUCACAGCAUGAGUGGAUCCUGACCCAGAGAAAAAGUUUUUUUCCCCUACUGAAAAUCAAGUGUAUUAAUAAGUAGGCCUAAACAUACAUUCGCUAACGUUAAGUGACGCGGCUGGUGAGACGAGAAAAAAAAAAAAGAAAACAAGUAAAAACAAACAACGUACACAUCUACAAAACCGCGAAUGUUUAAAAAUAUAAUUUGUGGUGUGAACAAGCGUGACAACGUAUUAAUGAACGCACGUGUCUCGGAACUUUACGUUAAUUUGAAAAAGUUUUGGUGUAUAAAGAAAUAACGUAAUAAACGAACGACACGAGAAAUCAUGCCUGAUUGGAGAGGAAAUGCGCGGCGACAAAUCUGACGUAGAUCAACAGUGGAAAAUAAGAACCGCAACGAGUAUUGACGAAUCAUGCGAUGACGAUGGCGGGAUCGAGGGAGAAUACGAAGCCCGUUGAGGAGCUUGCAAGAGUCGGUAAUAAAGCGUGGCAGUGUAGCCGGGGAAGGAAAAUUCGAAAUGAAGCUACCGCAAGGGAGGUAAAUAUUGUUUGAAAUAAAGAAGGGCUUGGGCAGCUGGAGAGGAGGACCGGGCAUAAGGAUGCGCGGGUUGAGAAGAGCCACUGGCAACAAUGUGACAUUGUUGAGACAAAGAUGUUGAUGAGCGGUGGGAAUCUAUCGACCAGUUUAACAAGCAACUUAACCACGGUGCUUCGGCAUGUGACCAGCUGCAACGACACUCCCUUCAACGGUUGCCUGUCCGGCUGCAGUCUCGGACAGGGUGCUGCCGAUUCAAGUACCUCCCUAUGGGCGCCGUAUGAUCACUUUUGCACCGUUGAGUACGACUCGGCCCUGUUAUGCAGACCAUGCGACUACCUCGACUGUGACGUCAACGUAUCCCUCGUCCUCAGCGGCCUCGAAAACGUCGAGGGAAUGUUCCUUACCCAGUUCCCCAUGCUCAGAGACUGCAACUCCACGGUACUUGAAGAGUUGCUCGAGUGCUCAGCGACGAACGAUCCUACGGUCUCUGACAUACCGGUGACGUGUACGCGUCGCUUACAGCGUCCAUCCUGGAGCGUCAAAGGCAAACGGUUCGACUGGACUUUCCUCUUCGUCGCGGUUUUCAUAGUCGCUGGUGGCUUGGGCAACAUCCUUGUCUGCCUGGCCGUUGGCCUGGAUCGACGACUCCAUAACGUCACAAACUACUUCCUCCUUUCGCUCGCGGUUGCUGAUCUCCUCGUCAGCCUCUUCGUCAUGCCGCUCGGCGCCAUUCCCGGGUUUUUGGGUUACUGGCCGUUCGGAAUUGCCUGGUGCAACGUUUACGUAACGUGUGACGUCCUCGCCUGUUCGGCCAGCAUAAUGCACAUGUGCUUCAUAUCGCUGGGCCGCUACCUUGGAAUCAGGAAUCCGCUAAAAACGAGGCAUAUAUCCACAAAACGUCUCGUCGGAUUCAAAAUUGCCGCCGUUUGGCUCCUCGCCAUGUUGGUUUCCAGCUCGAUCACCGUUUUAGGGUUAAUCAACCCCCGGAACAUAAUGCCGGAGCCCGGCCUCUGCGUGAUAAACAACCGAGCGUUCUUCGUUUUCGGUUCCCUGAUCGCCUUCUACAUUCCCAUGAUCGUCAUGGUCACGACGUACGCGCUGACGGUACAGCUGCUCCGGAAGAAGGCGCGAUUUGUCGCCGAGCACCCGGAGGGCGAUCAGCUUCGACGCCUUGGCGGUCGGUUCGCAGCGACAAAAACACCGACGACACCUUCCAGGUCUUCGACUCUCUCCACUCGUCAUCUGUGGAGGACAUCCGGCAGCAGCGGAAGCAGUGACAGAAACUUGAGCAUGAGGGGCAGCACCUCGCAGCCUCAGCUCAACUUCUCGAUGAACAGUCCUGGUACCCCAGAUCACGUCGUUCCGUCCUCUAGAGGCGGGCGAAAGGUCGACCAGGGCACUCAGACGCCGGAAAACAUCGCCAGGGAAACUAGGAACUUCAAGCUUCGCACCCUGAAAUUGCAACUAAACGUCACACCGACUACACUCAAUCUCAGAUUCCUGGCGGGGCGAACGAAGCGGAGAUCGCUGGCUGCGAACGCAGUAGCGACUGAACAAAAGGCAAGCAAAGUGCUCGGCCUUGUGUUUUUCACUUUUGUUCUGUGCUGGACGCCGUUUUUCGUCCUCAACAUUCUCUUCGCCGUUUGUCCACGCUGCUCGGUGCCCUCACACGUCGUCGACACCUGUCUCUGGCUUGGUUACGUUUCGUCGACGAUAAAUCCGGUAAUUUACACCGUGUUCAACCGCACCUUUCGAGCCGCCUUCAUAAGACUUCUCAAAUGCAGGUGUUCCAGGUUGUCGAGACCGCCGAGAUACCGGUCAGUCACAGAGGGCGGAAGAGGCGCCAUGGGCCUAUGCACUCCGAGCAGCCUGCCAUUGGCGAUCAGUCUUCAGGGAACGCCGCUUCUGACGCCAGCCUCAAACCCGGCGACGACACCAGCGUCGGGAAGCUCCUACGUCACGGUAAUGCACAGGACCCCGAGUUCCCUCUAUCGCGACACCUUUCUCGUCCACGAGCAUGGCCAUGACCACGAACACGACCGCGAUCACAGUUGUUGAGUGAUCCCGAUCUGAUCCCGAUCUGUCCAGGCGAUAAUGAUUCGCGAUGAGGAGGUUACGGGUUCCCUGUGCAAGGAGCUCAACCUCACAUUCGACACUUCGCUUGACCCGCAGGAUCGGAACUUUGGCCUUGUUCUCGAAAAAAGGACGUUGGUAACCGCUUCCAUUGAGUGAGCCAGCCCUUAUGGGAUUCGUCUGCCGCGUUCGAAGACUAACUUACCGACAUCAACAAUUAUAACAGAUCAGUACGCGAUCUGUAGAGCCGGUACAGCUGACUGACUUAUCGACGAAGAUAUUCUGCCUUUUUCUAUUUGAGGAGAUGGAAGGAGAACACGUAUCUACUGUUAUCGAUCAGAUGUUACAGUAAUGUCCUCGCUUGCCGACCAAAAGUCCGAAUUAUGUAAAUUACCGACGGAAACUUGGCGGUGUUGAGGCUCUUUUUAGUGGGAUAUGGUUACUCGAUGCUGCUUUGAACCAGUUUUAAACAUCGUUGGUAACGCAAAAUAAUAUUGAUCAUGCAAUGAAACAAUUCCAAGUAAAAAAUAACGUUUCAACUCGUCAGUAGACGAUGAUUAAUACCAAUGAACGGUUCGCAAGUUCCCAGUGAAAAUUGCGUAAUGAGUAUUGAAAAGUUCCUUCCGUGAUUAUUGGACCUUUCGAUUAGCAUCUCGAUUCGCAUGAACGUAAAGUUCCUUUUUGUAUGGUACAGAGCAAGCUCCGAAUUUGAUAUUCCUGAAAUUCCCGUCAACUAGGGAAGAUUUUCUUGAUUACAGAAUUAUUGAAUUUAACAGAUUUUCCGAAUCGAAGCAUGAAAUUUGGUGUUCUUUGCCUUUGUUACGAAGAAAUACUUCAACAUGCCAUUAAAAUAUGAUGUGUUUUUACGAAAAAAUGAUGAGAUACUUCAUCCAUUUUCAUCCACUCGAUCUAUUUUUUGAGAUUACCAGCCCAGAUUCAUAAAAAUUUAAUCAAAACACGGGUAAUAUGAAUGUAUAUACAUAAACCAGAAGAGCUUACGUGAUGAUUUUUGAACACAGUUGUGUUAGCAUGAAAUUCGUUCAUUCGAGUCUACAUUUUCUUUUCUUUGAAUAUUCUGAGUUAGCGUUAAGCAAGAAUAUUUUCUCCGCAUAGAAAUAUCGAUUAGAUAUUGAGUUAAAACGUUUUAUAAAAACGACGUGUUAUUAUUCAGCGAAUUGUUAUUUGUUUUAUUUAUUAUUUUUUCACACUGAUCUCAAUUUUUCCGAAAUUCCUCUACCCGACAAAUUUAUUUACAAGUAAUUGAAACAAAAUUUCUUUCAUGACUACAUUUUGAUUCAAGUCCUCAUUGAUUGGUUCACUUUUAAAUAUUCUUUUCCCCUUAAAAACUAAGACAAUACUCUGUGUAAGUGAUUUUAAUAUUACGAUAGCGCAAGAAAUUACUAGAGAUGAACAACGAGUACGAAUAAACUUUACGAAUCAGAUAAAAAUAAAUAAAUUACCAUCUGAAAGUGAAGAAUGACUUCGUUCAAAAACUUUUAUACACUACCAUGUUUUCCUUGCUUUUCGGUGCGUCUUGACGUAGGAUUAAGUAGUACGUACUAAGCCCCAGGGAGUUGAAUUAUACUUUAAAUCCCUUCUCGGGAUCCUAGGGCUUAAACGUGGAUCUCAUAAUUUAUGUUAAUAAUCAUUUAAAAACUACAUUUAACAUCCCUCCCGGGAUUUAGUGGAGCGGGGGGUAGAACCUCUGGACCCCACCACGAUCAAGUACCAAACACCUUUCGCAUACGACAUAGUUUUCGCGUACGUAACAGCUUUUGAUACCGAGGCUCGGAAAACAUGGUGUGUCAUAUAAUAGUACUUUAUGCAACAAAUGACGAAACCAGGAAAUGCUGAUGAGUGCGUGCGAGCACGAGUCUGAAGCGAACCAGAGGCAAGUGCGAAGCUCGCACGCAAAUCACCAUUUCCUAAUUUCGUCACUAAUUUUAUACAAUAUUUUUUUUCACGACUGCGUCGAAAACGAGUUGUGAUGCCCGUAACACGUACCUGAAAUGCUUUGCAGCAUCUGUUUAUAAAACCUAGCCUCACUCGGUUUGCUUCGAGUGCGCUUGUGCAGUGGCGCACAGUACUUUUUAGUGCGCGUGCGCAGUGGCGCACAGUACUCUGUGCGGCAAAGUGCGCGUGCGUAGCGAUGCAGGGUGUUUUAUAUAUUUCAGACUACGCAACAGCGUUGUAAACGGCGAUUUUAGGCAUGUGUUACCCCCAUAGACUUAUAAAGAUGGACUGAGCGCUCUUAUGAGCCGCUUGAAGCAAACAUUUAAAGGACAGAAAUAUGCCGGGAGUACUCCUUUCUC